AUGACUGACAAUGAUGAUGCGAGUGCCGAAUGGAAAGCGUGGGAAAGGUAUGGAGGCUCAAGCUCGUCACGAUAUGGUUCGAGCGAGCGCCUGGAUGCCAGUUCCGGUCCAGAAGCUCACCGGACUCGGUCGAGCUUGAUACUAGUCAGCACCAUGCCGGACGCCUUCUUCCAAAAGAAGCGCAAGCGCACAUCCGCCACCUCCAACACAUCCGGCUCGAGUCGUGCAGGUCCAUCACGCACCAAACCCUCGCCCUCGCCACGCAAAUCGUCUCGCAAACCCACCAACGACAGCGACGACGAUGACGACUCCGACGUUCCCGGCGGCGGCAUCGACGACAUGGACCUCACACAUCGUUACGACCACGACGCGAAUAGUGACGAGGAGGCGGACGCGGCGGAAACACCGGCUGAAGCACGUGUUAGGCUGGCCAAAAUGUACCUACAGGGACUGUCUUCCAGCAAUGCACCAGCAGCAGCGGCAGCAGCGAGUGGCGACGGAAAUGAUGACGACUUUUUCGAAUCGGACGAUAGACCGACGUUCGGGUUGGCAGAUGCAGCACAGGCGGAUAGGGAGAAUAUCGCCGCGAGGUUGCAGAAGGAUGUUGCCGAGCAAAGUGGCAAGAUCCACCUGUUCUUGGCGGAUCGCAUCGUACUCCCGCCAUCUACAACAGAGUCGGGUAGCGGAGAAGAGGUAGAUGUCGAGGGCUCGAUCAUGGCCGUUCGGGGACACAGGUUGAGCGUGACCUGUGCAGUCGCAUCUUCCGACGCCAAGUGGUUGUUCACAGCGAGCAAAGACGGCAGCAUCAUUCGGUAUCGUUUGCGAGACGGCAAGAUGACGCGGAUCCUACCCAAACGACCAUCUCAUUUCGACGAGUCCGGGAUCGCCAUCCCACCGCCUUCCGCCAAGAAGAGCAAAUCCUCCGGCGCGGCGAGACGACGUGCCCGACUCUCGGCCACCUCCACCACCGGCCAGUCCUCCUACCUACCCCUCACAUCCGACCAAGGACACACGGACGAGAUCUGGUCGCUCUCGCUCUCAUCCGACGGUCGCUUCCUCGCAUCCGCCGGAGUCGACCGCCACAUCUGCAUCUGGUCGCUCACCCCGACCACCGAAUCCUUCCACUCCACCCUCUCCGGCCACAAGGACUCGAUCACCUCGCUCUCCUUCCGCUCCACCUCGCACGAGCUCUACACCGCCUCCCUCGACCGCACCCUCAAGCUCUACGACGUCGCUCAGCUCUCCUACAUUGAAACGCUGUUUGGACAUCAGGAGUCCGUGCUCUCGCUCUCGUGUCUUUCGGCGGAAACGGCGGUGUCGGCAGGCGGACGCGAUCGCACCUGUCGGUACUGGAAGAUCCGCGAUGAAUCGCAGCUCGUCUUCCGCGCUGGGAUUCGGUCCAAGCUGCGGACCGUGCUGGAAGGCGGUGACCUGGCGCAGUCUUCGCUCACCUCACCCGUGGAAGCGAUGGAGGGUUCGGUGGAAGUCGUCAGCAUGAUCGACUCGCACCACUUUGUAUCCGGUGGAGAUAGCGGUACGAUUUCGCUGUGGAACCUGGGUAAGAAGAAACCCAUCUUCAGCGUUCCCGUCGCCCACGGGUUCGAGGUCAAGCAGAGCGAGACGGAAGGGGCGAUCCAAACGCCAAGGUGGAUCACGAGUUUGGCAGCGUUGGAGUAUGCGGAUGUGUUCGUCAGUGGUAGUUGGGAUGGCUGGGUGCGGGUGUGGGGUUUGACAGGAGGCGGGUCAGGUGGAGUGAAAGGGUUUAGGGAACUGGGAAGGCUUCCUGCCGAAGGGGUGGUGAACUCUCUGCAGCUGAUCCAGCCGCCACUCCCGAGCGUGUUCAAGCAAGAUGGGCUGCUGCGAACAUCGGCCGUUCAACCGCAGGAGUACAAACGUAGACUCGGAGAUGGUGGAGCGGAAGACGGUGAAACGCACAAACUCACCCGUCUCGAAGCAACAAAGCAGAACUCCCCUCCUAUCCUCAUCGCCGCCGUCGGGAAGGAGCACAAGUUCGGAAGGUGGAUCCACGUGAAAAGCGCCAAGAACCAGACGCUUAUUGCAACGCUCCAGCUGCGGAUCACCGACGAACCACAACCCAAGCCGAACGGUAGAGUCCCCCGCAACGAGACGUUCAAGUUGGUCUGA